AACAUGGCGCCUUACAUCAGUCAACUGAAGGAAUAGCAGUCUUCUGCUAGACGACCUGACAGUUAGCGGACACUUAAUACAUUUCAUAACAUGAUGAGUGAAUCGAUAAGUGAAGGGAGCGUAGUUCGUUACUACUGUACUGCCGGUAGCGGGAUGGAGCCUUUUUUAAUUGACGAAGUGAAGAGAAAGCUAGCAGCACAAGACGUGUAUCAGAUGCCGGGCAAGGUGUUGUUCAGCUCCUCUGCAGCCAUCCACAAAGUCAGUAACCUGAAGGCAGCUGAGAGACUCUUCCUCUUGUUGAAACAAGACUCACCUUUGCGGUUGUCAGUCCACACCAGCCCAGCAAAGGCAGCCUCUAUGCUGCAGUCAAGACUCCUGGAUGACAAGAAUCAGUGGACCAGUGCUGUAUUGACGUGGAGCCGCCUGCAGGGGGAGCUGACGGCCAGAAGAACUACUGUCAAAACAUCAACUUCUGCACUGGGAGUGAUCAAGAGGAGGGGGGAAGAACGAGGGAGUGAUCCACAGGAGACGGAGGAAGGGAACGAGAGAGAGGAACAGAGGGAAGAGUGGGAGAAGUGUCUUGUAAAGUCUAGAAAAAGUGAAGGAGAGCAGAGGGAGGAGGAGAGCGGGAAUGGGAGGCUGAGAAGUGGUGAACAAAAUGGAACACAGACACUGGAAAAGAAGAGAAAGAGGCAUGAUGAGGAAGAAGUCGAGGAGAAGAAGCGCACUAUUUGUGACUCUAGUAAUAAAAAGAAUGCAGAAAAAGUCAAGAUGCUUGAGAGAGAAAGGAGAACAGAGGAAGUUGACAGGACACAAAUGGAGUUAAGCAGCGACAGAAAUAAAAUAACUGAGAAAGGACCCAUUUGUGAUCAUGCAAUACCAGGACUGGAACACAAUGUGGCAAGCAGGAAGAUGACGGAUGACAUCAACACCAAUUUUGUGACAGAGAGUGUGGAAAAUGUGAGGACUGCUGGAGAAGGAGAUACGGUCCCUCUGAAAACCUGCAAGGACAAACCAGAACAGCCUUCUUGUAUCCCAGUAACUUUUAGGAUUAGCUGCAAAUGUACUGGAUCUACUGCUCGAUGCCUUGGCACACAGGAGGUGAGCAAAGUGAUUGGAGUGAGUCUGUGCAGACUGUUGGGCUGGAAGGCGGACCUGAAGAAUCCAGAGCUGGAGAUAAAUAUCUAUUUGAGUGAUGACCACUGCCUGCUGGGGAUUCCACUGACCAGGUUACCAUUGGCUAACCGGAGCUAUAUUAAAACCACAGGACUGAGGUCAACAGUAGCCUGGGCCAUGGCCUCACUGGCUCACAUAAAGCCAGGCUUCCGUGUCGUCGACCCAAUGUGUGGGGUGGGGACCAUCUUAAUGGAGGCGGCACAGGAACAUGAGGAGGCCUGUUUCCUGGGUGUGGACAUCGAUGAUGGACAGCUGCAGAAGGCCAGUGAGAAUGUAGCCUUCGCAGAGCUGGGAAACAGGAUACACCUGCUGAGAGCUUCGUCUAUGAUGCUACCUCUGCCCAGCUCCAGUGUAGACUGUGUAGUCUGCGACCUGCCGUUUGGCAAGAAGUUUGGCACCAGAACCAAGAUGGCUGCCAAUCUGCCACUCAUCCUCACUGAGAUGGACAGAGUCCUCUGUAGUGGUGGUACCCUGGUUCUUCUCCUGAGUCCUCAGUUAUCCUGUGUCCUCAAGAAACUUCUGAUUCAAAAAGACACUGGACCGACAUCUCAUCAGGAAAUGAAACUUCUAGCUGGGGUAGAAAACUGUUUACCUCCCACAAAGCAGCAGACCUCACCUAUCCAGGAAAAAGAAUCUCAACACGGCCUUCAUCCUGCUUUAUCCUCGCUGAAACACCAAGCAACUUUUAGAGUCAGCUUAGGAGCAAUCGAUGGACUCAUCCAUAAAUAUAUCAAAACGGAUGCUUGAUCAGUGUUACUAGAAAUUCAAUUUCAAAAGAAUUAACUUGUUUUUUUUUGUGUGUCUUACGAUAAAGGGGUUAUGUUUGAAUGUCAUUUUACUGUAAAUGCACUGAAACAUAUUUAUGCUUGUGUACAUUUUUAUUGCAAAUUAUGUAAAUUACAGUUGUUAAAUUUAAAUUGAUCUUGCGAAGUGUGGAUUAAAAUCUUUCUGUUUUC